AACUUUGCCAGAAGAGGGAGAGAGAGAGAAGGCAAAUGUUCCCCCAGCUGUUUCCUGUCUACAGUGUCUGUGUUUUGUAGAUAAAUGUGAGGAUUUUCUCUAAAUCCCUCUUCUGUUUGCUAAAUCUCACUGUCACUGCUAAAUUCAGAGCAGAUAGAGCCUGCGCAAUGGAAUAAAGUCCUCAAAAUUGAAAUGUGACAUUGCUCUCAACAUCUCCCAUCUCUCUGGAUUUCUUUUUGCUUCAUUAUUCCUGCUAACCAAUUCAUUUCCAGACUUUGCACUUCAGAAGCAAUGGGAAAAAUCAGCAGUCUUCCAACCCAAUUAUUUAAGUGCUGCUUUUGUGAUUUCUUGAAGGUGGAGACGCACAUCAUGUCCUCCUCGCAUCUCUUCUAUCUGGCCCUGUGCUUGCUUACCUUCACCAGCUCUGCCAUAGCUGGACCGGAGACGCUCUGUGGGGCUGAGCUGGUGGAUGCACUUCAGUUCGUGUGUGGAGACAGGGGCUUUUAUUUCAAUAAGCCCACAGGGUAUGGCUCCAGCAGUCGGAGGGCGCCUCAGACCGGCAUCGUAGACGAGUGCUGCUUUCGGAGCUGUGACCUGAGGAGGCUGGAGAUGUACUGUGCACCCCUCAAGCCUGCCAAGGCCGCCCGCUCGGUCCGUGCACAGCGCCACACUGACAUGCCCAAGGCUCAGAAGUAUCAUCCCCCAUCUACCAACAAGAAAACGAAGUCUCAGAGGAGAAGGCAAGGAAGUACAUUUGAAGAACACAAGUAGAGGAAGCACAGGAAACAAGAACUACAGAAUGUAGGAAGACCUCCUUGAGGAGUGAAGAAUGACAUGCCACCGGCAGGAUCCUUGGCUGUGCACAAGUUACCUGUUAAACACCAGAAGACCUACCAAAAAAAUAAGUUUGUUAACAUUUCGAAAGAUGGGCAUUUCCCCCCAAUGAAAUACUCAAGUAAACAUUCCAACAUUGUAGGAGUGAUUGUUAAAAGCUUUGCACCUUGCAGAAAUGGUCCUGGAGUUGGUAGAUUGCUGUUGAUCCUUAAUCAAUAAUGUUCUAUAGAGAAUAUAUAUAUAUAAAUAUACAUACAUAUAUAUAUAUAUAUAUAUCUUAGUCCCUGCCUCUCAAGAGCCACAAAUGCAUGGGUGUUGUAUAGAUCCAGUUGCACUAAAUUUGUCUCUGAAUCUUGGCUGCUGGAGCCAUUCAUUCAGCAGCCUUGUCUAAGUGGUUUAUUAAUUUUUUUUAUUUGCACUUCUUUCUACGCAACACAGGCUGUUUGUUUUACAGUGUCUGAUCAUCUUGUCUAGCCCAGCUCCCUUUCGUCACCUUUAUAUUUGCCAGUUUGGCCUCCUCAAUAGCAGCAGCAAGCAGUUAAGUAGCACACCAAUUUUUAACCCACAAGAUUCCAUCUGUGGCAUUUGUACCAAAUAUAAUUUGGAUGCAUUUAUUUUAGUAGACACAAAGCUUUAUUUUUCCACAUCUUGCUAAAAAAAAAAAUGCAAGUAGUUGCAACCUCAAGGCCAAUCAUUUGUAGCUGUGUUUUAAGCAUAGAAAGUCUCAAACUAACAAUGGUUCCUUCAAAUGAGUUAGUGUGCAACCUGAUUAGUAACUUCUCUUUUAAUUUUUUCCAUAUAGAGCACUAUGUAAAUUUAGCAUAUCAAUAAUACAGGAUGUAUCAAACAGUAUGUAAAACUCUGUUUUUUAGUACAAUGGUGCUAUUUUGUAGUUUGUUAUAUGAAAGAGUCUGGCCAAAACGGUGAAAGGUGAAAGCAAAAGAGGAAGCCUGGAGCCAAAGAUGAUACAGAGGGGAAGGAAACUAAAAAUCCAUCAAUUUGGGAAAGAAGGCAAGGGUUCCCCAGUUAUGCCUUCCAAGAGAAACUUACGACACAAAGUUCACUGACACAAAUUUGACUGGCGAGUCCAGAGAGGAGUGGAAAAAGCAGAAGGCUAGGAACUUAACAGUCCUGGUUUCUUUUUCUCACUAAAGAAACAAACAUCUGCCGACUCUGCCAUGGACUCACCACUGUGUGACCUUGGGCAAGUCACUUCACCUCUCUGUGCCUCAGUUUCCUCAUCUGCAAAAUGGGGGCAAUACGCCAUCUACCUACCUCACAGGGGUGGUAUAAGGAUUAAAAAGAUAAAACUCCAGAUUUUUAUCCUGGGUUGCUAUGAGGGCAAAAGAUCAGAGCCCUUGAGUUGCUGGGAUGCAAGGAAUUCUAUGAACAACCCAUUCACAGCAUUGCUGAAAGUUGAUUAGCCAAAUGCUCUUGACCAGCCAAUUCUUAUCAAUGAAGCUAUACAACUACCUAGUUGUUAAAAGUGAACAGCUCAGUCUUGUUUAAAACACUUUUCAAAAUAAAUUAAAAACAUUGGAUUUACAAUUUGAUUUUGAACUCUGCAUUUGGAUUUAUGAAUGUGUGUGAGAAGAGAGAAAGGAAAAGAGAAAAGGAGAAAAACAGAAAAAGAGUCCUGCCAGGAAAAGUUGCUUACUCCAUUUGUUAGCAUUCACUGACUCUUCCAGGCAGUUACUAGAAAUCUAGGAAUACUUCUUUUAAUAUAAAUGAUACUUUAUUUAUUUUGGAAAACACAAGUUUUUCCUUCUCUUCAGGCGAUCUAAAAAAUGGUCCAAGAGUUUAAAUAUUGAAGUAAUAUCUAAUAAAGAAAUUACAGUUACUCUUUAAAUGAAUUUUGCUCUUAUCUUUGGCUGUAUAUACAUACACAUAUAUAUUUAAAUUUUUUUGUUAAAAUAUACUUGACUAAGGUUACUAGUUGAGAUGCAAAAUUUUCCUUCACAACUAGAAAUUUUCCCUUAUUUCUUCUUAGAAGAGUCCUCCUAGCUCUCUGUGAAUGUGUCUUACCCUUUCAACUGAAAAUUGAUAUCAAGAAAAUGAAAUGGUAAGGAUAGGCCCACAGUGGCGUAGAAAAUAUUUCUUUUCUAUAUAUCAAGAUUUUCUUGUUAGAACAAUGAAUUCAUCCAUCAUUCAGAUCUUUCUAUCUGCCUUAGAACCUUCUGAUGAAAAGCAACCAGGCCUGAUUAUUUCAUGCAAAUUAUAUCCCUUUUAUUCUUGGAAAGUGUAUAUGGAAAACAAAAAUAGCAUCUUAAUUUUCAUCCCACUGGUUCACCUCAAGAUUUGGAUGCAAGGAAGAAAAAAAAAAGACUUCCUGAACCUUGGAACAUAUGCCAAAAAAAGGCCUAUUUAGUGGGUGCCCCUACUAAGCCAACAAGUAUUUUAACCCUCUGUCCACAGUAUUAUUGAACUGAGCACCUCUGACAUGCUGAUCAAUGCUCUGAUCACUAUGCACAGAUAUAAAUCAUUUUUGCCCUUCAUCUGUUUUUCAGAAAUAUAGGUUCUGUGGAAUGAGAUGCUGGACCCCUCUUCCUGAAAUGGCACUUCUGAUUUUUCUUGUUCCUAGACCUUUUAAAAUCACUGUCUCCCAGUAGCACUUUACAUGCAAUCUUCUACAGACCUAUGGAUUUCCAGACCUGGUUGGAUAUGGAAAUUCUAACAAUGUCUAUGACCUAUUUGAUUCACUUAAUAAUUCUAUUCACAGCCAAAAUAUGCCCCAGUAAGGAAAGCUUAAAUAUGCAAAGCCAUAUUAUCUUUCCUAACUUUUUUUAACACAUAGUCUUCUCCAACUGUAUCAUAAACCAACUAAUUGAAAAUUAACUAAUUAUAUGAACCCGCUAUCUUAUUUUCAAAUGAAUUAAAACUAGAAGACAAAUUGAUGUAAACUACAAAAAUCAGCCAAUCACUAUAUAUUACAGCAGAAUAACCCAGGAUCAAUAGAAGGAAGUACCUAAAAUUUCACAACUCAAAAUUUCAUCAGCUUUGCUGUAGAAUUUUAAAAUGAGUCAACUUCAGGAUGUUUAUAAGAAAGCUAUAAGUACUGGUAAGAAUGAGCUUUCAACUUACAGGCUUACUUACUAUUUAAUUGACAACACUGACUGCCUAUGUCAAAUUUCUGUUCCCACUUCCCCAGAUAGAUACUAUUCUAAGGUGAGAAGGUUCCACAGAAAAGUUAAUGCAUGUUUCCAUUGGAAUCCACUCUUCUAGAGAUAAGGAAAAACUCUUCCACACCUGUCCUACAUACACACACACACACACACACACACACUCAUCCUGAGUCCAGUGGAAUAUGGAGAAGAAACAGCUUCCUUGAAAAAUCUUAUUAAAAAGAAAAAAAAAUGGCCUGGCCUCCCUUGAAAAUCCUUCCCCUCCUUGGAAUGUCUGUGUUUGUGUAGAUGAAACCAUCGCAUGCACUGUGGCUCCAGGGUUUCUGUUGCUAGUUUAAGCACUUGGGAGACUGCUUAAACGGAAGAUGUAGCACAUUUUGCUUUCCCAUUUAUUGUUUGGCCAGCUAUGCCAAUGUGGUGCUAUUGUUUCUUUAAGAAAGUACUUGACUAAAAAAAAAAAACAAAAAAAAUAAAGCAUAGACAUAUUUUUUUAAAGUAUGAAAACAACAAAUCUAUAGAUAGAUGGCUUAAUAAAAUAGCAUUAGGUCUAGUUACCACCACCUUUCAAGUUUUUAUCAUUCACAAGUAGAGUACUGUUCACCAAAUUGUGAGUUUGGGGGUGCAGGAGAGGAAAUGGAAACUUUCUUCAAUGUAGAAGAUUAUUUUUGUUGGCUCUUAAGCUCAGCAAAAAUUAGCAAUAUAUUAUCCAAUCUGAAAACCUUGACCAAGAGCAUGGAGUAUAUAUAAAGGGGGAGAGAAAAGACCUUAGAGGCAAGUGGCAGAACUAAAAAGAUAACUAAGUUACUGAUUUUUGUACUCUCUGCUUAAAAACCCAGAUAUUCGGCAAGUGGAGACAAUAAAAACAGAAAAAAUACAUAGACUCACCAACAAAAAAUAGCCUCUGCCACAUCCCCCUUGAGUAAUUCUUUGGCAUUUAUUGGUUUAUAGAAGAUAUUCUCCCUUCAUCUAAACAUCUCAAAGAGCAGUAGCUCUCAUAAAAAGCAAUCACUGAUCUCAUUGGGAAGUGUUAGAAAGUAUUUCCUUAUGAGAUGGGGGUUAUCUACUGAUAAGGAAAGAGAAGAAUUUAUUAGAAAUUGUUAAAAGAGAUGGCUAACAAUCUGUGAAGAUUUUUUUUUGUUUUUGUUUUUUUGUUUUUUUACUUUAUAUAGUCUUUAUGAAUAUCUUAAUGUUCAAAAAUGACUUGGUUCUUUCGUCUUUUUUUACAUUGGAAUGAAGGAUGAUAAGCCUACAUAGACUCUUUGAAACUAUAGGCUAGAUAGAAAUGUAUGUUUGACAUGUUGAAGCUAUAAUCAGACUAUUUAAAAUGUUUUUGCUAUUUUUAAUCUUAAAAGAUUUACUAAUUUAUUAGAGACAGAUCCUGUUGGGCUCUCUUCAUAAAAAAAAGAGCAUUUCCACUCAUCACCUGGGCUUUCCCAUCAGUGUUUUCAAAAGAUAAAUCUGAUUUAUGCAUCAUCGUAGCAUCACUGUUUCAAAAUUUUUAAAUAGAAGAAUUUUGAUUCUUUAUGCCCCUCUUCUUCAAUGAUCAUAAAGUCCAGAAUCUGAGGGGGCAGAAGCAAGAGGAAAAUCUUGUUGAUUCUAUGUUUUUGGGUUUUUUUGUUUGUUUGUUUUCAAUGCUAGUGUUUAAUCUUAUAGUAUAUAUUUGCUUAUCGCUAUUUUAAUAUUCUAAAAGACUUUCCUGUUAGGUAUUAGAAACGGAUACAUAGAUAUCUUUUUUGUGUGGUUUAUAUUUUUUUAAAAAAGAGAUGAGAAGACUGUCUUUAAGUACAUAUGAUACAGGAUGAAGAUACUGAUUGAAAUUACCAAGUCCUAUCUGGAACAACACUUUUUUUAGGAAACCUCACAUAGGUAAGACAGAGGCCCAGGGAAUUUUUGAAACUGUCUUUAUUCCUCCAACUAUCUCUAUUCAUUUACCAUCUGCUUCAGAAUUUUAUAGAGGGUUGACCAAGCUGAAAUUCUAGAGCUAAAUGGAUCUCUUUAAAAACAUAUAUUUCACAUGUUCCCUCUUAAUUUAUGAUCACACACUGAUCUGACACGUGGUCCCUCUCUUCCGCUAUUCUUUGGUUGUCAUUGAUAAGAUCUUCCAAGGAAAAAAAUUUAUUAAAAAAAAGGAGAACACAAAAGUCCAAGUGUUACAGCCCAAUUGAAAUAAGAGAUGAAAUGGAGAUGGAGUUUUUCCUAUUUGACCCCUGCUGAAUCACCUGUCAUCUUCAAAAUGAUCUUUUGCAAUCCUUAGAAUCUUCUUUUUUCUAAUUGCCCAGGCUACUGUAUCCCAAAAGUAGCUCAUUUUCUUUUGUCCAAAAUGCACUGAUGUGAAAACCAGAAAAAUUAAAACAAUUCAAAAAUCCCUUGCAAACCACCAACUGGCCCUACUCACCCACCCAUAGCAAAGUUAUGUUAAUCCCUUAAUCUGAUUUUGUUUGGAUAUUUAUCUUGUGCCUGCUACUAAACAUACUUCAGGAGGGACUCUGAAACCUCAAGCCAUCUACUUAUAUCUCUUAUCUGUGUCUCUGUAUUAUUAAAAUGUCUAUUCAAAAUAUCAAAACUUUCAAUCAUGCAGCUUGUAUUCAGUUUACAUAAAGGCCCCAAAUACCAUGUCAGAUCUCUUUUUGCUAAGAGAGUUAAUGAACUAGAGUUAUAGGCUAAGUGUAAUAAGUAAACUUACAGACACUGAAUUAAUUUCCCUGCUAUUUGAAACCAGAAAAUAAUGAUCAUUUAUUAUAUUGGUCUUUGUUCAAAAGAAUUCUUUCAUUAAAUUAACUCUGAUUGUAUUUGAAAUUAUUAUUCAAUUCAUUUAUGGCAGAGAAAUGUCAAAUCCUGAUGACUCCUAAAAAUGUAACUAACUGAAUCAUUAUCUUACAUUUACUGUUUAGUAAGCAUAUUUUGAAAAUGUAUGGCUAGAGUGUCAUAAUAAAAUGAUAUAUCUUUCUUUAGAAAUUACAUUAAAAUUAAUGUUUGAUUAAUUAGUUCUUUUGGACAAUGUUGGUAUAAUGUGUCAUUCCUUAAAAAUCCUAUUGUUAUAUUGCACUUUUAUUAAUCAGCAUCAUUGCAACAAAUAAACAUGAAAACUUACCCAGAAAAAUAAAACUAAUCAUAUAUCAGAAUGGAGAUAUCUUAUAGAAUUAUAGGUUAUAUUUAAAGAUAAAUGUUUCAAAGAAUUUGUACAAACUAUGUAAGAGAUGUAUGAACUGUACAGUAUAUGCAUUAACAAUAAAGCAGAUUUAAGUAACUGACCCCCUCACUGUAACUCAACAGUGAGUUCUAAUCCACGACAAAAAGCAUUGGGAAAAGACGGUCUAUCAUAUAGGACACAAAAUAUACAAGUGAUAUUUAAUCUACCCUUACAUUGAAAGAUUUUGUAAGAACGUGAUCUCUCAGUACUGAGUUUUUGUUUUAAUAAAUCUUUCUAAUUCUUUACUGAAUAGAUACUGUGAAGAGCAAACUCACAAAAGAACAAGGUGGAAAGAUUAGUCUCCCUCUUGUUUAAAAACACCUCGUUUCAUUUUCCUCUUCUUAAACCCUCUAUGAACUAUUUGGAAAGUUACCUAAACAUAAAGGAGGCUCGUAAGCUUUGUACUUGAUUUUAAGAAAUUAAUAAUAAUACUGAAGUUUCCUUUAUUAUUUCCCCACAGGCAGCUACCAUUACUGUCACACACCCCAGUCCCAUGGCUGUCCCUAGGACUAACAUUCUCCAGGCAUCCAUGUCCUGCUUGCACAUCUUGCCUCCUGUGGCUGUAAGCUUCUAACUGUAUUGCUUCUCUCCACCAUGUACCCUCCCUUCAUUCACACUAGGCUAAUCUGAGUACCACGUUUCACUAAAGGUUUUGUGGAUGAUGAACUGCGAGACAACGAAGCACAAGACGGAAAACAGCUGCCAGUGUCAAAGACCAUUGUUACUAAAAUCCAUUAAGGAAUUUAUGGCUGUUCAUGUGCCUUCUAUCAUUUUAGUAAUCCCCUCCUCUCUUCUGCAAACUCUCCCGGGAGUUACUUUCUACCCAACCCUUCAUCCUCUCCCUGAGGAAGAACCUGCAAAAAAAUUCUAUUGACGUUCUUAUGCAGAGCAAUCUUCCUCUGUCACAGCGUCUGCCUACCCUUUAUUACUGAAUAUAUCCAAAAGGUAUUUUUUCCUAAACAAAAGAGCAAUUCUGUGCCUAAGAGUAAUUCUAUCUUCCUUCAAGUCCAUCCAGGUCAAAUUACAGCCUGUUUUUCAAAAAUGACAUUUUUUCUUCCUGUAAGAUCUGAAUGAGUGAUAAUAGUCACCACCCCCAACAAUAACAUGGUUCAUAUUUGUUGAGCACUUAGUAUGUGUCAGUCACCAUGCCAAGUUGUUUACCUAUAUUACCUUAUUAGUCCUUAUAAAAAUGGAGCCCUAUUUUACACAUGAGGAAAUGUAGGCUCGAAGACAUUAUUAACUUACUGAAGGUCACAGAGAGGCAGGGUGUGCUUGAAUCUGCAUCUGACGACAUCAAAAUCUGUGUUUUUGCUAUUUCACCAUUCAUGCCCCAAUCCAGACACAAGGACAGUUCCAUAUUCUGACUGAUAAAUUCUUGUUCAAAUUUGGUUUUACAUGCUACAGGCAGAAAUAUAGUUAAUUGCAUCUAAGCUAUUUUUGAGUGUGAUAUGAUUAAGAUAAAUCAGCAUUUCUGCUCAAUAACUAAUGUAUCUAGUGGGCUUUCCACCUUACCAGUCCUCUAUUUGUUCACACUGCAAUGUUGGUCCUUGAUAGCCCUUCACAUUGUGUAUGUAACACUUGGUGGCAAACCAAUUUUAGGAUACCUCAGUGAGGAACGGUAUGUCUGGACCCUUACACAGGCCAGGAAUAAACCAUGUCCACAUAAGUAAAACUAGAAGCUGAUCAUAAAGAAUUUUGCUAAGAGCCCUAGCAAAAAUACACCUACUGUUCUCUUGACAGCUUAUCUAAGUCAGCAUGGUCUCAAGGAACAUGGUUGAAUCAGGGCCUCUACAGAGAAAAAUGUGGAGUCAUGGAGUGAGUUUCAUGAGAUUCAACUACCUAUAUCCCUGCCCUUUGGAAAGACCUUAGCCACCCCACUCUAGGGAUUCCUGGUGGUACAGUGCCAGCCCUAGUGGCAUACUGGAAACAUGCAGGGACACCUGGCGUUGUCACUCAUGAUGAUUAAGGAGGGAUGUAUUGGCGUCUGUUGGGCAUCAAUUAGGGCUCCAGACAUUUCAUGUAGAUGAGAAACCUAAUCACCUGAUAUAAUUACCAAAGCCUAGACUAUAUCUCAAAUUUAUUUAUAAACUCGAAGUAUUUUUGCAUGAUUUUAAUAUAAGAUAAAUUUUCCAGGAAUGCAAUUACCAAGUAAAUCAAGGGGAGGUGAUACUUCACGUCAUUUGGACUUCAACAUGUUGUACCCUGUUUUAGAAAAACAUCAUCGAUGGCAAUGCUAAUCGUGCUCUUUUAAUCUCUCUCCCUGCAUCAGUCUGCUUGCAGCUGCCACACUCAUGGUUCACCACAUAGGUAUAAACAUCUAACCACUUCAUUAUAUUGUCAAAUAGAGUCGUGCCUGAGCAUUUCUAUCUUGUAAUGCAUGUUAUUUUAUUAUAAACUGUUUUCAUUUUAGUGUUCCUUUAUAUUACAGUUUCGACAUCAUUUUGAUUUUUGUUGAAAUUGUAUACAUCGGUAUUAUCUAUGAAUUUCACUUGGGGACAUUAAAGGAUAUAUCACAAAAUACGUGUUAUAAAAAGGGGGAGCUUUGAGUCUGAUAGGGCUGAACCACUGUCUGGUCUCUAUGCACCAAUUAUAAUUCUCCCUGAGUCACAGGGCCAGAUGGAUGGCAGAGCCUGUGCCCUCUUCUCGAUGAGACAUCUUGAAGUGUAAAGCUGAGCUGAAAACUUAUUGUCUCCCUCACCUGUUUAUGGAUAGAGAUUAAAUCUCUGGGAUCCAAUAAAAGAUAAUGGUUAUGGUUAAUACAA